AUGUCAUAUCCCUUGACUCAAUUGGGCAGUGGUGCGUUCAAUCACCCGCAGUCCUCCUCAGCGGAAGCAGAAUAUGAUCGCCUUCGUGAUCUUGCGCGUCAGGAGGCGGGCAAACGAUCUUCCUGUUUUGCCAAAUCCAAGCAAGCCUACGAGCGCGGUGAUGGCGGAGGCGCACACCAGCUUUCUGAGGAAGGCAAGCGUCAUGGCGCCAUGGUCGAUCAAUACAACAGGCAGGCUAGCGAGUUCAUUUUUCGUGAAAAUAACAGCAUGGAUCGCGUGGCAGGCGACACCAUUGAUUUGCAUGGACAAUUCGUCGAGGAGGCAGAGCAGAUACUAGAGCAACGAAUACGUUACGCGAAGUCUCAAGGACAGUCUCAUCUACAUGUUAUUGUUGGCAAGGGCAAUCAUUCUCCGGGGCAUGUGCAAAAGAUAAAACCACGAGUGGAGCAAAUAUGUAGGGAGGAAGGGCUACAAUUCGCGACAGAAGAAAAUGCCGGGAGAUUAUUUAUCAAUCUUCAGGGUGGAACGGCCAUUAUGCCUGAGGAUCUCAAGGCGCAUCAUGGCGGUGGAUAUCAUGCAGGAUACGGAGGUUCACAUCAAUAUUCACAGCAGCAGCAGCAUUAUCCGCAUCAACAACCUCAUAGCCAAGGGCCACAUUACGGUGGACAGCAGCAGCAGCAGCAGCAGCAGCAGCAGCAGUAUGGGCAGCAACAGCAGUAUGGGCAACAGCAGCAGUAUGGGCAACAGCAGCAGCAGCAACAAAACAAUCAAAACGCCGAGAUCGAAAAGCAAGUCAAGAAAUAUUUGCCAAAGAUCCUAAAGCAAAUAACGAGGAGCUGUUGCACGGUGAUGUGA